UUGGACCGGGCGAGUUUUAGAAAGCGCUUGGCACGUAGAGUCAGUGCAGUCAAAUUAAAACCCUCAAUAGAUUAAUGCUUAGCGGUUCGACGUGGUUACACGCGCCGCCUUUUCGCCGUGCAGUCUCCUCCUCUCCGCCGCCUUCCGAACUCCUUACUUCCUGUAACGUUCGUAUGGCUACCUCCGUUCGAAUCGCCAUUGUUGGAGACGUUCAUGACGACUGGAAUCUACAAGAGGAUACCAAAGCUCUGCAGCUGUUGAAGCCGGAUCUGGUGCUGUUUACAGGUGAUUUUGGUAAUGAGAACGUUGAUCUUGUUCGAAGCAUUUCGAAUCUCGAUUUUCCAAAAGCUAUCAUUUUAGGGAACCAUGAUGCCUGGAGAACCCAGAAGUUCUCUACGAAGGAAAAGGAUGGUGUUCAAUUGCAGCUUGAAUCACUUGGUGACGAGCAUGUUGGAUAUCGACGGAUGGAUUUUCCAAAUCUGAAGUUGAGUGUAGUUGGUGGACGGCCAUUUUCAUGUGGUGGUGAGCAUAUGUUUCGGAAGAAACUUCUUAUUUCUAGAUACGGUGUCCAUGAUAUGAAUGAAAGCACAGAGAAGAUUCACGAAGCUGCUUUAGGAACCCCUGAUGACCACUCAGUUAUAUUUCUUGCGCAUAACGGGCCCACAGGCCUCGGUUCCAAUGUAGACGAUAUAUGCGGAAAAGAUUUUGUUCGUGAAGGCGGUGACCAUGGCGAUCCUGAUUUAGCACAUGCAAUAUCCUACCUAAAACAAACCACCAACUUGUCUAUCAAGUUGGUAGUGUUUGGUCACAUGCAUAAAGGGCUGGCAUUUGGAAAUGGUCUUCGUAAAAUGAUAGUGGUUCGGGACGACAGAACCAUAUACCUAAACGGGGCUAUUGUUCCAAGAGUUAAAACGAUUGGCAACGAACAAGUAAGCUCUAGCUCUGAUAAUACCUCAGCCAUGACAUCGAAUUUUGGUGGGACCCUUCGAGUAUUUACAGUUGUUGACAUAUUAGAUGGGAGUUUGGAGAAAAUUUCUGAGACUUGGGUUUUAGUCAUGGAAGACAAGGUCAUAGUCGAAAACGAGUUUAUACUAUUUAGCAAAGGAGCUAAGCUAUAGUACUACCCUCUAUUGUUUGGUGUUGUAUAUUUAUGAGAAAGAUUCUUGUGAUGCUACAUAACGGUUUGGGAUCUUAGCAAUCCUAGUAUACUGACAUCUAUUUACUAGAAAGAUGUUUUUCGAUGUAAGAUACUAGGGAACAUGUUAAGGAUGUAUCGUUUUGGUUUUACCGAUAAACUGGCAAAAAUAAAACCAUGUGAUUAUUUAAUUGAGCUGCAGAGAGCAGAUUUAAGGU